AUGUCUACUGAAGAAUCAAAAGUCAUUAAGCCAUUGAUUGAAGAUAGAAUCUACGUUGGUAACGUUGAUUUCAAAGCCACUGAAGAAGAAGUCAAAGAAUUAUUCAAGGGUUUGAAUGUCACCGACGUUGAAAUCCCAUUCAAGGAAAAUACUCGUGGCGAUAAAACUUACAAGAGACAUUUGGGUUUUGCCUUUGUUCAAUUUGGCAGUAAAGAAGAUGCUGAUAAAGCAAUUGUUGAUUUCAAUGGUCAAAAGUUCCAAAGAAGAAACAUCUUUAUCAGAAAGGCUGUCCCACCUCCAACUGAAGAAGAAAAGAAGGAAAGAGUUGAAGCUUACAGAGCCAAGAAGGAAGAAAUCAAGAAAGAAAGAGAAGAAAAGAAGGCUGAAGCUAAGAAGAAGAGAGAAGAAGCUGCAGCCAAUGGUGAAUCCACUGCUACUAUUCCAGAUGGUACUCCUUCAAAGGAUACCAUUUUCAUCACCAACUUGGAUUACAAAGUCAAUGUUAAAACUUUAAGUGGUUUGUUUAAAGAUUUGAAACCAAAAUGGAUCCAUGUCCCAGCCAGAAGAGUUCCAUACAACAGAAGAGGUGGCCGUGGUGGCAAUUUCAGAAGACCAUUCAACAAAGGUAUUGCUUUUGUCAAAUUUGCCAAUGAAGAAACUCAAAAGAAGGCUGUUGCUGAAUUUAACGGUAAAGAAAUCAAUGGUAGAGAAAUUAUUGUUGACAUUGCUAUCGACUCUAGAAUUCCAAAAGAAGACGAAGCAGAAGAAGACGUUGAUGUCGAAGAAAAUGGUAACUAA